GGGAUGGUUGUGGAUCCCGUGGGGCCAGGAGCGAUUCUGCGGCUCCUCCAGAAUAGCACCUUUUUCUCGUUCGGGGUUCAUUCUGAAUUAAAGGGAGAUGAGAGCCGCACUUUGUUACUUCCUGCUGUGGACGACGUACCUGCUGCUGGCCACCUCUGAGGAAGUGGAGUUUCCCCAGGAGCUGAUAGACAGACUGUCCCACAGUGAAAUCCACAGCAUCAGCGACCUCCAGCGGCUACUGGACAUUGACUCCGUAGGUGCGGGAAACAAUGUUAUCGAGGAGCCCAAGAACCACAAGCAGCACAACCACCAGAAGAACUACUCCCGUCACCACGGUUACUACAACGACCUGAAGAGCUCCCAGCACAGCCGACGCAAGAGGAGCAUCGCAGAGGAGGCGGUCCCGGCGGUGUGUAAGACGCGGACGGUGAUCUACGAGAUCCCCAGGAGCCAGGUGGAUCCCACGUCUGCCAACUUCCUGAUAUGGCCGCCCUGUGUGGAGGUGAAGCGCUGCACGGGCUGCUGCAACACGAGCAACAUGCGCUGUCACCCUUCCCGCAAGCACCAUCGCACCGUUAAGGUAGCGAAGGUGGAGUACGUGAAGAGGAGACCCAAGCUGAAAGAGGUCUUUGUGCGGUUAGAAGACCACCUGGAGUGUGUGUGUGCGUCACAACAUCAUGUGGUGGAGCACUCGGAUGCAGAAACAGUGGACGUGAGGUGAGACCAAUCAGAGCAAGGGACUUCAGCGUGGGCGGGACCUAAAUGGAGGAUGUCACCAACAGGAGACCUGCUCUGUCCUCUCCCCCACCGCCGUGCGACCUUCGUUUCAAAAGGACAAACUUUUCUGUUAAGACGAGACACUGAAAACAAACAACAGACAAAAAUGAAUAAGAUGCCAAAGGUGCUUUUUAAAAAAAACAAAAAAACGAGUGAUGAUGACUUCUUCUGUGGAACGCCACCUACCCGGACAACUGAACCCUGCUGCUGAUUAAGAAGGAAAGAGAACGAUGGGGUAGCUCGGGCAGGCAGAGGCCGAAGGGAGAUGAUGAAAGGGAUUUGUGUUGAACAUUUUGAGACUUUGUUUGAACGAGACGCACAACAGAAACCGCUACGAAGCAGUCGGAUCAAACCUUUUGUGGGAACCCGGUGCUCAGACUCCAAAACAGCGGUGGAUGACCUCCAGCUGGGCGACAUAAAAGUGGCCUGCCCUGUUUAAAUGACUCUUGCUUUCACAGGAAGAGAGAAAGAGAGAUCAAGGAAAAACAAUGGAAAGAGAGAA